AUGACUAACAACAUCGCAAAGGUCACCGACUACCUCCUCAAAAGGGGGUUCAAUAGGACCGAGGAGAUCUUCCGACAAGAAUCGAAGCACCUCGGCGCAGAUGGCAAACCCCUUCAGCAGUUGGCCAACAUGGGGCCCAAGAAGUAUGCCAAGGCUUUCAACUUGUUGUAUGACUGGGUCGAGAACAACUUGGACAUCUACAAGUUUGAGUUGUCGAAACUACUCUGGCCCAUCUUCGUCUACUCCUUCAUCGAGCUCGUCAACCACGGCUACGGAGAUGACGCAAAGAGAUUCCUCACAGACUUGAGUCAUCACUUCCAGCAUAGUCAUAGCGAUGAUCUCAACACAUUUCAAACCAUCACAUUACCACAGCAUAUCAACGAAAAUGCGACAGCCAAGCUGUACAAGGGGACCCGGUACCGCAUACCGCUCAACCAGCAUGCCACUGGCGAUCUGUUCAAUUUUCUCGAGCGCGAAUCAGAGCAGGGUGGCUCAGUCAUUCGCCAGCUUUUAGUGACAUACUGUCAGAUCGAUUCGACGGCGCGGGGACCCGUGACACCCUUCAGUUUUGAAGCGGUGUUCCGCAAGACGAGGAAUAUUGACCUUGACGAUGUGGACAAAAACGAAGGCAUCCCGGGCGUCAACAUCGGCCUGUCAAACAGCGAUGUGCUGGACCCGGCGGCACCAUUGGCUCUUGGUCCGCUGCCCAUGGACACAGACUUGAAGGAGGAUGUGCGCGCAGAAAUCCAAGACGAGGAGGCACGCAAUCCGCCUCAGGAUGGUCGGCCCAGUAUGCUCGAGCAAUUUGACCAAAAAAUUAAGCGUGAAGAGAGCGCCGAUGUGCCCAACAGGACGGAGCUCCCCCUUCCCCCGUCACGCCCGCGAGAUAUUGCCUUGGAGAUGUCGAAGCUGAAGGAAAACCGUGAUCGCUUCAAGAUCGAAGGGCGAACAGGGGGUGCUGGCAUUCCUGUGAGCGCUUGUAUCUUUACUUACCACAACACACUGAACACGGUAUCUAGCAUGGACUUUUCCGACGAUGGCACCAUGGCGGCUGCCGGCACGACUGAGUCGUACAUCCGCGUCUGGUCUCUGGACGGCAAGGCGUUGCCCUCCUCGAAUCCUUACGAUAAGGACCAAAAGUUCAACAGCCGCAAACUCGUCGGACACUCCGCCCCCGUGUACGAUGUGCAUUUCUCGGAUUCCGCUUCAGGUCCUCCCACCAGAUUGUUCGGCGAAGAGGGCAAGAAAAACCCCGCACUGGACACCCGAGCGAAGCUACUUAUUUCGUGUUCGGCCGAUGGUCAGAUCCGACUGUGGUCUUUAGAAUCGUGGACGUGUCUCUGCCUAUACAAGUCUCACGACGGCCCUGUAUUCAGGACGCAAUGGGGGCCUCACGGUCACUACUUCCUCAGUGGCGGCUACGACAAGGCUGUCCGUGUAUGGAUGCAGGACCACGCUUCACCCCAGAGAUUGCUGGUGGGCCACGAUACGGCUAUCUCCUCAAUCGCUUGGCAUCCGAAUGGCCUGUACGUCUUUUCAGCUUCGGACGAAACCGACAAAUCCAUCCGCAUGUGGUCUGUCGCUACGGGUCAAUGUGUGCGUGUCUUCAGCGGCCACAAUGACUAUGUCACGGCUCUCGAGUGCGCGCCAAACGGCAAGCUCCUUGCCAGCGCUGACACUGCUGGGAACAUCAUGUUCUGGGAUCUGAGCAACGGCAAGCGCAUCAAGCGGUCAAGAGGCCACGGCAAGGGCGGAAUUUGGUCCCUGAGCUUCAGCAUGGAGUCUAACGUACUUGCAUCUGGAGGCCAGGACUGCACAGUUCAUCUCUGGGACGUUGAGCUACCGACCGACCCUCAGAAGGCCGCGCAGCAGCAUGGACUCGACAGCCUCACUGCGACCACCGACCUCAAUGCUGCCAAUGAUCCCGCUCGCAUGGGGGGCGGAACAGGCGGCCCCUCGACAUCUGCCGCCAACGCCACUGGUGCUGGUGCACCUUCGAAGAAGAAGGGCAAGGAGGUCAUGGUUACGCCUGACCAGAUCAGUGCAUUCCCCACGAAGAAAACCCCUGUGAUGAAGGUGAAGUUUACGCGGAUGAACUUGGUCAUCGUCGGCGGCUGCUACGAUCCCGAGCGUUAG